GCAAACAGACGGAUAUGGCGCAGCGAUAGGGGCAUCGCUGAACAUCGAAGGGGAUUUAAUUCUGUGGAAGUUUCUGAAAAGGUGUCGGAAUACUAAAAUGCAUGUGUGAAAUGGUCUCACUAUCGGAAUCUUGGACGACUACGGCAUCAUUGAUGAAUAAAACGUGGCUGGGGUUAAGGAAUACCUUCCAUUGCAUUCAUAAACAUUUCUUUAGGACUCACAACCCUUGAGUUGUCUGUGAUACAGAUAAACAGCAACUAAUUCAUUUUGUUCAACGCACGAUAAUAUGGCUGGAAAAGUAACAAGGAGUAGCGAUUUAGCGCUAGAUGUUGGCAGACUUCAAGAGGAACAUAAAAAGGUGGUGACAGGAUAUGAGAGCCAGAUUGAACACUGGCAAAAAGUGGUUAAGGACUAUGAUUCUCUUCAGGAACGCCUCCAAACCCUCCCCGACCAGCUGUCGUACGACAUCACGGUACCGUUUGGGCCUUUGGCCUUCAUGCCAGGAAAGCUGGUUCACACUAAUGAGGUCACUGUUCUGUUGGGUGACAACUGGUUUGCCAAGUGCUCUGCCAAGCAAGCUCAGGACCUAGUGGAACACAGAAAGAAACAUGUGAAUCAUACGCUUGAUGACUUGCACAAAACGGUUAAGAACUUUGAAAACCGACAACGCUUCACUAAAGAUCUGGAGAAGCUUUCAGGGGGUAAAGGGGACUAUGUGGACAUCAGAGAGGAGGUGGUGAACGAGGAAACAUUGACCAAAGGGAAGCGACGUGUGGCCCACAAGCCGCACUCCAAGCCCAAGAUCGAGCAUGUGUUGACCCUGGAGGAGGAAGAGGAGGAGGAGGAGGAGGAGGUGGAGGUGGAGGACUUGGUGGGAGUAGGAGGAUAUGAAAGUGGAGACGGCAGAAAGGGCAUUCUGUCCGAAGAGGAGCUCCUGGCUCGGCUGGAUGCAUUAGAGGCUCAGGAAGAGCAACAAGACGAACGCGACCGGCUGUGUGACAGUACGGACACUAACGGGGAGGACACCUCGUCUUCCUCCGAGGAGGAGAAGGAGAGGGAGGGCUCAGGCGAGACCAACGGCAGCCCUACAGACGACCACACGACCACCUACACGAACGGCAGCCCUACGGAAGAUCGCACGACCACCUACACACACAACAGGCUGGUCAACGGAGGCCUGCACACACACCCCGAGGAAGAUGAGGAGGAGGAUGAGGACGAUGAGGGAGAGGAAGACCCCAACGCUCUCCCCACCAUCUACUUUUGUCACACCGUGGAACCCAAGAAGGUGCGGAUCAACACGGGGAAGAACACGAUGCUGAAGUUCAGCGAGCGGAAGGAGCAGAAGGAGCAGGCCAAGAAGAAGAAGAAGAACGGCAAAGCCAACAACCGCACGCGGCACGAGCAGCACAAGAUCACCUCACCUGCCGACAUUUACAGGUUGUUUGUGGACGUGGUGAACGGCGAGUUGAUCCCACGCAAGUCCAUCCUGAAGUCCCGUAGCCGCGAGAACAGCGUAUGCAGCGACACUAGCGAGAGCAGCGCGGCCGAUUUCGAGGAGCGGCGGUCAGCACUCGGCCGCACGCUCAGCCACGACGACACCACGCACAGCGACACCAGCGACUGCGUCACCGAGGAGGACAGCCCCCCCGGCAUCCCACUGCACCCUGGGAGCCGCUUCGAGGCCUUCUCGGGCACCGUGGUGGAGAAAGACCCGCUGCCCUCCUCCAUGCCCUCCUCCAUGCCCCACCUGAGCAUGGCCUCGCCCGCGUUGCCCACCAUCCUGGAGCGCAAGUCGGAGGAGCAGUGCUCAGACACCCCUCAGGAGCCCCCCAAGAGGGUGUCCAAAUUCAAAGCUGCCCGGCUGCAGCAGAAAUGAGAAGACACACACACACACACACACACACACACACACACACACACACACUCCAAAACAGUCACAUACACAUACACCACCUUUUUUCUUUCUGCAGCCUUCAGCUCCAUGCCCCUGUACUCUAGAGACCAGUCUCUUAUGUCAUCAUCCACCCCAUGAAGGCCCUUUUUCCACUUAGCCUUGCCGGCCCUCCCAGGCCGUGUGAGCGGCCUUGUUUGCCUUUCAGCAGCUCUUUCUAGAUGCUUCCACUCAUCCUGAUGAUCAGCUCAACCUAUGGCCUUGCUGUGAGAGAGAGAGCAAUAACGAGGCGAGACGAUGGCUUCCGUCAGACAGAACCCCCAUCAGAUCCCAACCCUCUGUGUGUGCUUCAUCACCCUCGUCUCCAUGGCUGUUCCUAUACUCAUCCUCACACUAGAACACUAGAACGCUAGAACGGCGUGAUGCAUUUCUGCUCAGUUGUCCCAUGUGCAGGCAGUUAGAGGAGGCUUCGCUGAAGUAGCUCUGUUUCUGGCUGUAGUGGGAUGUAGGGUUCUCAUGUGAAGCUCACUGAGGAGGCUGGGCUGAUCGACUGACUCCUCACCAGCGUCAGCAGUCUCAGAGGGCCUCUGUAUGUGUGAGUGGGCACUGCUAAGAGACUGCAAUGGCCCUCCUACUCCCCCACCCCUCAAUUCCUCUGCUCACAGCUUUUGUAGGCCUGUUUUGUAGAAGACCGUAGUUUUGUACACUCUCACACACACACACACACACUCAAAGCUGACAUUCUUCCACGGAUGUGGAGAUGUUCUGUAUCAUAUUGAUGUUUUAUUAGCUAGUAGGUAGAUCAUGCUCUUCUCGCAGCUUCUGUGCUGAUGUCUGACAUAUGCAAUGUGCUGCUGUCGCCUUGCUGCUACGCCUCCCUGCCUUCUCCGCCCCCCCUGUAUCUUACCCUACUGCCCCUCACAGCUGUAGUAGAGAUGCAGCUGGGUUUUGUAUAAGUACUUAUUUUGCGCCCCAAAGUCCUGAAGCAGUUUAUUAACAAUAGUAGCCAGAGGCCGAUUAUCACUUGGCCAAGCCACGGGAUUUGUUAUUAACACAAGGUUUGUUAUAGGAGAAUCACAAGGUUUGUUAUUGUUUUGUUUGUGGUUGUGGUUUUCUUUUGUAUCCUAUACUGCAUUUCUGCUGAUUGAUAAGACAGUGGCUUCAAUACCAAACAGCCUCUUUGCACCCUUCUCUGCUCUCUCCUAGUCUUUUUACUGUUUUGAAUGUAGUGGACACCAACUCUGUUAUGACUGAAAAAAAGUGUUGCUGUGAACUGGAGAAGGACAGAAAAUAAAUCGUUUUUGCUGAGAA